AUGGACGCAACUUCCAGGAAGACCCUCAAGGGGUCUCUUGACGAAGCACCGAGAGGAGGAGACAGUGCCCGCAGUCCGAUCCUUCAUUCGGUCAAGAAGCUUCGCGACUUCUGGACCCGGUGGCAAAGGAAAGAGAACAAAACGCUCACGGGAAGUCUUCAAAAUUCGAGCCCGUUCGAAGAGGGAGUCAUCUCAGCCAGGACGGCUUCGCCCGUGUCCUCGUCAAAGCUAGAGGGUACCCGACGAAACGAGCAGAGUCAGCGUCCUCUACGGUACAGGAGGCUCCUCGAGCUGGCCCGAAAGGCGAGCUCGAGAUUCUCGACCAGCGGAAGCAACGUUGACUUCUACCGGGAUGACCACGCUGUGGCCAGCAACCGCGAUUCGGCAAAGGACCCGUUUCUGACCUCGAAGGCCCGUGACUUGGCGUUCUUCGGUCGCGGCUCGGCAGGAAUGAGCAGCUUUUCGGAGUCGACCUUGUCGGCGUACACCGAUGUGUCCUUGGAAAUGUCCCACCGCUUGCAGAGCCACUCGUCUCGCUCUCAGGACAGGCACAACACGGUGUUUCCGAGUCACUUGUUCCGGAGGUCUUCCCUCGAGCUGUCCAAGACGAAUUAUAAGCGGCUCAACUAUAGCUCCGUCGAAGACUCGGACGAUCUUCCGUAA